AGUGAAAAAGUGGGGAAACAGAAUAACAGACGUCAAAAGACUUCAUCGCCGGAUCCAUCUCUCUGCAGCUCUUUCACACACACACACACACACACACACACAGACUAAUUGAAUCGAAUAAAAAACCAGCGGCAAUGGAGGUCGAAUUGGAAGCGAUGCUAAACGAUCUUCAAAAACUCAAGUCUUCAUUACCUGAUUCAUCGCGCCAUUCUUCCAUCGAUCAAAUCAUGUUGCGCGUAGAAAACCUUGGUAGUCUUGCAAUGGCUGGACCAACUCGCCGUACGAAAGUCAAGGAUAUGAGUGCAGAGGUUGUAGAUAGCAACCCUUAUAGUAGGCUCAUGGCGCUGCAGAGGAUGGGUAUUGUGGACAACUAUGAAAGAAUACGGGACUUUUCAGUUGCCAUAGUUGGUAUUGGUGGGGUGGGAAGUGUCGCUGCCGAAAUGCUUACAAGAUGUGGUAUAGGACGUCUUUUGUUGUAUGAUUAUGAUACAGUGGAGUUGGCUAACAUGAAUAGGCUAUUUUUUCGUCCUGACCAGGUCGGUAUGACCAAGACUGAUGCUGCUGUUCAAACUUUAUCUGAAAUAAACCCUGAUGUUGUUCUUGAGAGCUUUACCCUAAACAUUACAACAGUUCAAGGCUUCGAAACUUUCGUUGCAAGUCUCACAAACAAAUCUUUUCGUCAAGAGAAAGAAGGCACCGGAGUGGAUCUUGUGUUGAGCUGUGUAGAUAAUUAUGAAGCAAGGAUGGUUGUAAAUCAGGCUUGCAAUGAACUAAAUCAAACUUGGAUGGAGUCUGGGGUGUCUGAGGAUGCUGUUUCGGGUCAUAUACAGUUAUUGAUUCCUGGAGAAACUGCCUGUUUCGCUUGUGCACCUCCUUUGGUUGUUGCAUCUGGGGUGGAUGAACGUACACUUAAGCGUGAAGGAGUUUGUGCUGCAUCUUUGCCUACUACUAUGGGGGUUGUUGCUGGGCUUUUAGUCCAGAACACACUAAAGUUCUUGCUGAAAUUUGGACAAGUCUCGCCAUACUUGGGGUACAAUGCACUCAAGGAUUACUUCCCAACAAUGGCAAUGAAGCCAAACCCUCAAUGUUCAAAUGGACCUUGCCUAGAACGCCAGAAAGAAUACAUGCUCAUAAAGCCUGCAAGGGAUGCAGCUGCCAAAGCAAAGAUGGAGGAAGAACGAUCAACAAUAGAAAUCCCAAUUCAUGCAGAUAAUGAAUGGAAUAUAAGCGUUGUUGAUGAUUGUGAAGUUGAGGUCAAAAAUUCCCAAAGUUCAGAUGCACUACCAGAAGGUCUUGUCCAUGAGCUACCGAAUGCAGAUGUGUAUCAACAGCCAACGGUCUCAAAAGAAACGUUGGACACUGUAGAUGACCUUGAAGAUCUCAAAAGGCAACUCGAGGCACUUAAUGCCGCCUAGUUUUGUGAUUUCAAUAGCCAAAUCAAGUGUGAUAAAGCAUGAAAAAUUUAGGCAUGUUCCCAGUUUUCGUCUAGGAGUUACUUUGACUUGUUUUAAAAUUUUUGAACUUUGACAGCAUUUUUUUUUUGCUACUCCUUGUUUACAUUCUGAACCAGUGACAUUCGCCUAAAAUAGAAGAAAAAGCAACAAAGUUUACUUAUAUAUAUUUUAAAAAACUGACCGGUUAA